AUUUCCAGGUUUUCGUGGAAGCGGCCCUGGAGGGAGGGAAAGAAAGGAAAGGGAUGCGGAUUUAGGAUGUGUCUAUUGGGUAGUUCAGUUGGCAGAACUGGAGCAAUCUGCCUGGCAGUACAGGAUCUGUGGAAGGAUAACGCAAAAUUACCGCAAUCGAGGAUUGUUUUCUUGCAAGCGACUCGAGGAUAAUGACUGGCUCUAUAACCCAAGACUGCAUUUUAAUGCCAAACUUGAAGAUAGCGCAUUGUUUGCAAUGACAGUGCCAUGCACCACCUGGUGAACAUCUACUGCCUGCACAGAGGUCUCUCAGCCUCCUGAACGCCCCCUCUUGGGCUCCAGAGGAUGCUGGGAAUGUGUCGUGGGCGCAGGAAGUUCCUGGCUGCAUCCGUCGCCUUGAUUUUUAUCCCUGCCCUCACCUGGCUAUAUCUGUCUGCUGCAAUCUUCACAGUAAAACCACUGCCUCUGUCUCCACUGGAACCUCAAUCCUCCACACUGGCUCUGGAGCUACGGGUUCGAGAGGUAGAGGAGGAAAACCGAGCGCUAAGAAGAGAGAUUAGCCAGCUGCCCAGGAGCCCUACCCACGGCAACCAGCAUUCCCAUCACCACAGCCGAAGACACCAUGGCAACCAGUCUCAGCUUCACUCUACCGAAGAGGGUACCGGUGAUAGUGAAGCCCAGAAAGCACUCUUGAAAGUCAAUGGCUCCAGCUGUGUCCAGCAGCCUGCUGUAGAUAAAUGUGAGACCAUUCAUGUUGCCAUCGUGUGCGCGGGGUACAACGCAAGCCGAGACGUGGUGACGCUGGUCAAAUCUGUGCUUUUUCACCGACGGAACCCUCUUCACUUCCACUUCAUCACAGACUCCAUUGCCAAGCAGAUCCUGGCCUCCCUCUUUCACACUUGGAUGGUGCCAGCUGUCCGAGUGGAUUUUUACGAUGCAGACGAAUUGAAGUCUGAGGUGUCAUGGAUCCCCAACAAGCAUUACUCUGGGAUCUACGGCCUGAUGAAGCUGGUUCUGACCAAGACUCUGCCAUCAAACCUGCAGAAAGUCAUCGUUCUAGAUACCGAUAUCACCUUCGCCACGGACAUCGCUGAGCUGUGGGCUGUCUUUCACAAAUUCAAAGGUCAGCAAGUGCUUGGGCUGGUGGAGAAUCAGAGUGACUGGUAUUUGGGGAACUUGUGGAAGAACCAUCGGCCAUGGCCUGCUCUAGGUCGAGGCUUCAACACCGGUGUGAUUCUCCUGCUGCUAGAUCGUUUGAGGAAGCUCAAAUGGGAGCAGAUGUGGAGACUGACAGCAGAAAGAGAACUGAUGAGCAUGCUAUCUACAUCACUAGCAGAUCAGGACAUCUUUAACGCUGUGAUCAAACAGAACCCCUUCCUGGUGCACCAGCUGCCCUGUUUCUGGAACGUCCAGCUGUCUGAUCACACACGAUCCGAGAAGUGCUACAGAGAUGUGUCCGACCUCAAGGUGAUCCACUGGAAUUCGCCUAAAAAGCUGCGGGUGAAGAACAAGCAUGUGGAGUUUUUCAGGAAUCUUUAUCUGACCUUCCUGGAGUAUGAUGGCAACCUGCUGAGGCGGGAGCUCUUCGGCUGUCCAAGUGAAACUGACCACAACAGUGAGAACCUCCAGAAGACUUUGCUGGAACUUGAUGAGGACGAUCCAUGUUACGAGUUCAGACGAGAGCGCUUCACUGUGCACCGCACUCACCUUUACUUCUUGCACUACGAGUACGAUUUCAACGCAGACCAGACUGAUGUUACGCUCGUAGCCCAGCUCUCCAUGGACAGGCUGCAGAUGCUGGAGGCCAUCUGUAAACACUGGGAAGGACCCAUCAGUCUGGCUCUCUACCUGUCUGAUGCUGAGGCACAGCAGUUUCUGCGCUAUGCUCAGGGUUCUGAGGUGCUCAUGAGCAGAAGCAACGUGGGAUACCAUAUCGUCUACAAAGAGGGCCAGUUCUACCCAGUCAACCUGCUACGCAACGUUGCCAUGAAACAAGUCAACACACCCUACAUGUUCCUGUCUGACAUUGACUUCCUGCCAAUGUAUGGACUUUACGAAUACCUCAGGAAAUCUGUUGUACAGUUGGACAUGGCACACACUAAAAAGGCUCUGGUGGUGCCUGCAUUUGAGACGCUGCGUUACCGGCUGUCCUUCCCCAAAUCCAAGGCUGAGCUUCUGUCCCAGCUGGACAUGGGCACGCUCUUCACUUUCAGAUAUCACGUAUGGACAAAAGGUCACGCUCCAACUAAUUUUGCGAAAUGGCGGACAGCUACGACGCCAUACAGAGUGCAGUGGGAAUCCGACUUCGAGCCGUACGUGAUGGUGAAGAGGGACAGUCCGGAAUAUGACCGCAGAUUUGUGGGAUUCGGUUGGAACAAAGUGUCUCACAUAAUGGAGCUCGAUGCACAGGAAUACGAGUUUGUGGUGCUUCCCAACGCCUACAUGAUCCACAUGCCUCAUGCGCCGAGCUUCGACAUCACCAAGUUCCGCUCCAAUAAACAAUACCGUGCCUGCCUCAAGACUCUCAAAGAAGAGUUUCAGCAGAACAUGUCACGCCGCUACGGAUUUGCUGCCCUCAAAUACAUGACUGCGGACAACAACAGCUAGCAAAGCCAUGCUACUGUUAGGAAAGCGGCGCAAUGGGGUUGUAAUGGAGCCAGUAGUGUGAUAAUGGACACUCGGUAAAAGUAAGAGGAGUGUGUUUUUCUAUUCUAUCAUUCAGGAAGCUGUCAUGAGGAAUAAUUGUCACUGUUUUGGAAACAGCAAACUGACCCGAUUCCAUAAACAGGAACUCAGACGUUAUUAACCAUUGGGGAAGCGUUAAAACUGGGCUGGUUUUUGUUCCAGGAAGCUGGACAUGACUGAACAUUGGGCAGAGAAAAUGCCACUGCAGAGACCCAGCUCUGGUUUGUAAUCCAUUUAAGCAUGUUUGUGUGUGCUCUCAAUCAGAAGGCAAUGUUUAGCAGUACUGAGUUUCAGACUAAUGACACAUAACAACAUUAAGCCACAGAAAGGAAUCAAAGUAGAGAUAGGGCUGCUCAAGACUUAAUGAUGUUUACAUCUUUUACAGAAUAUUUACAGACUUUUACAGCGUAGCGUAGAAAUUAAAUAAAAUGUGUUUGAUUUUUUUUUUAGCAGCUUUGUGGAAUAAAUUUUCUGCUAAAGCUCAACAAGAGCCCAAGUAAGCUAAAGAUUGCACACAAUCCGUAGUAACUGGUGUGUUUUUGGACAACGUCAAUCUUUUAGCAUUGACAAUCCAGACGCAGACAAAAGAAUCAUCAUGUAUGUGUAAAUUUGGGUCACCAGACAUUUUCUGUAUUUUUACAGUCUGUUUUCAUGUUUCUGUGCUCACCGUGUUUACAAAGUUUUCGUGUCAUUGUUCUGUGUGUUACAUUUAUGUUUAAUUGCAGCUAAUAGAAAUGCACUAACUCCAAAGUUAAGGCGAACAAUUAAAAAUUGUGGGGUGCAGGAUGUGUAGAAGUGGUCAAAUGUAGCACACGGUUUUAUUUAGGAUGCAAGGCGAAUGCCAGUGCCAGUAAAAUAUGAUGUACAAAUGAUUGUGCACUAUUUAACAGGGUUAGUUUGCACUUUUCCCCCCUCUCUAAUAUUAAGUUCUAUGUGUCUCAUAAUGUGAAAUGGAAAUUCCUGAAUUCAUGUUGUGUGUGGUUUGAAUGAAAAUCUAAUUCGCACAACCGCAUUUUUGAAAAAUCCAGUAAUAACGGGGUCAACCAGGAAAACAGAGACUGUAGGUGUGGAAUUUUCUAGAUAUCUGUAGGCAGCUGUUGAGUGAUCUGGUUGGUUUACAGGUCACUUGUUUAUAAGCACCGCGUAGAAACAGUAAAAUGGCUCCAGGUGUCUCUCUUUUAUCCACUGUUGAUUUCAUGCUCGAAAUUUCAAAACUCUAUUCAAACUGACGGAGGAGAAAAACACAAAAAAUGUUUUCUUUAGAAAUAAAUUACAUUAUUUGUAGCAUCUUAGAUGUAUUGCUUCAUUUUAGGUGUGUUUUUAUUUCGUUUUAGGUCAAUGUUUUGACAAUUUCCAGAAUUUUUUGGCAGCAAAAAUAUUGGUGCGUCCCAAAUGAUUGUAGUUAACAAACGUUAACUAUAUACUUGUUAAAAAAUUCAACUGCAUUUUGAAUACCUUGAAAGAAAGCGAGCGUGCCAUGUCAGUCAGGUAAAAAGACUAUUAGUACUCUUUAACGCUGAUGUUAAACUCCAGGCCUCGGGCACAAAAUGCGUGACAGCAGGUCUGAGGUUUCAGUAUGGCCUAGAAAAAACAGGAAUCAAACAUACUGUAUGUUUACUUCAGCUUUCAAUGUGUGCAGACAGGGUUUGUGUAUGUGAGUGUUUAUGAAUGAAUGGAUAAGUGUGAGAGUGAGUGUGACUUAACAGAUGUGCCCAAGACUUUUUCUCGACAGAUUUUCUGCUACUUCAAUAAAAAAAAAAUAACAGAAAACAACUCUCUUGCAUAUAUGGCAUUUUGCUCUACAUGUGUCCACCAUUUUCCCCUCUGAUCAUUAUCUUAAAGCCACAGCACAAGCUCCUCAGCAUAAGACAUUAUUUUGAAUUGAAUCACAUUAUAGCACACCGAACCUGGUAACUUUUUAUUGUGGUAUUGUUAUUUAGAGACGUGCUCACUACACACAGCCAAUGCAACACCUUCCGUGUGAUGUCCAUUUACAGAAAAGUGUGUAAAUAGCAGAGGUGAGGUUACAGUCACAGGCAGACUGCCAAUAUCUAAUCUAGCAGCCAUGCUGAAUUUAACGUUUACAUUCAAAGUAGUGCAGAUGCAGGAUAAUGAGAGAGCAUGCAGAGAAAUCUAAGUACAGGUGACUACUAGAACGGCAAACACAAUUUGAACAGAAAUGUCAUUGUUAAACUCAUGACCAAAAAAAAAAAAAACACAACACAA